CGUAUGUUAAUAUAUUAUACACAUUCCUAUUAAUAAUAAUAAUAAUAAUAAAUAUUAUUAAAAAAUUAAACAAGCAAAUAAUGAAACAAGCAAAUGCCAUUGGUGACAGUUUGGAAAAAAUCUGCUAUGUCAACUAUUAAAAGCCUAGGAUAUAAAGAGCUUUUAGCUCUAGUGUCACAUGAUGCUUAGCUUUUCAGUACAUUCAUCAGACACAUUGUGUAGUACAUUUUUGUAUUGGUGGAUCUCCUGUGGAGUACGUGGUUCUUUCCUAUUUUGUGACUCGGUCAAUAGUAAGGUACAACACCUGCCAUCAGAGAAUUAUUCACCAAUGCUGGAAUAUAAUGUGCCUAUUUGAUAUUAUGUUGCUGAUGCUUAUUCAAGCAUUACAGAUGACUUUUUUUUACAUGUACAAGUUACUAAUUAAUGAUGAAGGAGAUAUGGCUCUUUCUGGCUCUGUUACUCCAGAUCAGACUGGGAAUUCUAAGGAUGAAACUGACCCCAAAAAAGGAAUAAAUGGGUCGUCCAAACAACACAACACCUGGACUGAGGUUGGUGAGUAACUUAUGCUGUAUGGUCACUAUAUCAUUUUAUAUCAGUGAAACAGAGUGAAUUAAUCUAAACCUAAUACAAAUUGGAGUAAACAGUUUUUACAAACAAUUACAAUACUAAAAAGGAGCCUUAUAGAUCUUUCUUCUAUAAUGAACUAAACAAGAUGUUUCUAUGUUCUAUACAUAAUGAAAACUCAAAUGAGUGGAUGUGUUUCUACAUGCAUUGGUAACUUAAGGUGAUAUUUUAUUACUUUGCCUAAAGACAUACAAAUCAUAUAAAGAUGUAGUUUAAAUGUGUAGCAUGUACUGUGUAUGUUUAUUUUGCUUCAAAUAUUGCCUCCAGUUUCUGUGCUCUCUACUGAAAGUAAGUUUUGAAUUGCUUUUUAUGAAUAAUAAGGCUGGGCAGAAGAUCUGUCUUUGUCAAAAGUCUACAUAUAACUGUUGUACUCUUACCUUAUAACUGUGUUGAGGUUUCUGCUGACAUGUUUGUUGAGCACCAUAGAGCUGACCACAUGUACUAUGCUUUGUUUUGCUCUUUUUGUCCUGAGAGAGUAAAUUGAUUGGGGCCUAGAGAUAAAAGAGAAAUGUGCAGUCACAAGAGUUUUCUACAGCAAGGGUCAUGAGAGAGCAAUAACAGUGAACUGGGUUAUGGUGACAGCAAAUUGGCAAUGAGAGACAUGAAUUACUUCAGAUUUCCACCGAGAUAACAUUUUUACAAAAGAUGUCUUUAAAUUAUAUCAAGAACUUCUAUGAAGGAUGUGUGAGUAUUAAGUGACAGUGCAGCAUUUUGACCGAGGUAAUGUUUGCUAAGUACCAGAGAGGCUUCUUUCUGUAGAGUAUUUUAGCAGUUGUUACAGUCAACAAUAUUGACUAAGUGAAACACAACAUGGACUCCUAAAUUAUUCUGAUACAAAAUAAAUGAAAAUGUUACAAUUUUGUAGAAUUUAAUCAUGGGACUUAGGUAAUGACUUAAGAAUAUUAGAGUUUGGUCCAUGUGUUGUGGUCAUUGUAUGUAGUUUUGUCUUUUGGCUCUGUAAUAAUGUUUUAACGAAGAUAUUUGUCUUCUAGAAAGUGAAGCUUGCUCUGAUGUACCAAAAUAAUGUGAAACAGCCAGGAGUUAUUUAUUUGCUAGGGUGUAUCUGGAGAUUUCUAUCAACUGUAUGGUGGACAACAAUGGAUAAAUCUGGUGCUCUGUUUUCCUACAUUGCUGACUCCUCUUUGAUAUAGUACAAUAAGCAAUCGAAGCCUCUAGAUCCACAUUGGUUGCAUGAGCAUACUGGGGACUUUUUUCUAGCAUAAUUGCUAUGUUGAUUCCAGUGUGUCUUGUAUAUGUCAGUAGUACACAACAAAGUAAUACCUGAAAUAAUAUGUGAUCAGUGAAGAAUGUAUGUAAGUUGUAUUUAUUUAAGAAAUCUUUUUGAAAUAAUUAAUAGAAAUGUAAUAGGAAUACUUAAACUUAUUACAAGAUUAGGUAUUAAAAAUAAUAUAUUUUUUUUUAAGCUCAGACCUCCAACGGUGAUUGGUCAGUUCCACACUCUUUUCUUUGGAUCUGUGCGAAUGUUUUUCCUUGGUGUCCUGGGUUUUGCUGUAUAUGGAAAUGAGGCGUUACAUUUCAGCUGUGAUCCUGACAAGAGGGAAGUUAACCUCUUCUGCUACAACCAAUUUCGACCAAUAACGCCGCAGGUAUUUUGGGCCCUACAGCUUGUUACUGUAUUAGUUCCAGGAGCAAUUUUCCAUCUCUAUGCAGCCUGUAAGAGUAUUGAUCAAGAGGAUAUUCUCCAGAAGCCUGUUUACACAGUUUUUUAUAUCAUCUCUGUACUAUUAAGGAUUACUUUGGAAGUAGUAGCCUUUUGGUUACAGAGUCAUCUCUUUGGCUUUCAAGUGAAUCCAGUUUUUAAAUGUGAUGCAGGAAGCCUAGAUAAAAAAUAUAAUUUUACCAGAUGCAUGGUACCAGAACACUUUGAGAAAACAAUCUUCCUAAUUGCUAUGUAUACAUUUACUGUAAUUACAAUAGUAUUGUGUGUCGCUGAGAUUUUUGAGAUCUUGUAUAGGCGGUUGGGAUUCCUAAACAAUCAGUAACCUACAGUACGUGCCACCUAUUAUGUUUUAAUGCAGGAGUUUGUUUGCUAUAUUUUAUGUGGCAACACUGAUUGCAUGUAUUUUACUGUAAAUAUGUACAUAAGGAGCUAUUAGCAAAUCAUAGAAUAAUUUUGUCUGAAAAGUUGGAAGGAACAUUUUCAGUUGAAGAUAAAGUAGUUUUAACACUAACAUGACAUGUAGAAAACAAAGGUUUAUUGCUGUGAUGAACAAGUUCAUUAUUUUUUUUUUGUUUACCAUUUUGGGAGACCAGCAAAAAUUGAUGCUUCCUUUUGGCAAAAAGAACUAUUCUUACAACUCAGUACAUAUCUUUUGUGAUAUGUACUGCAUUUGGAUUUAAUAUACAUACUAACAAUCAUCACAAUGAAUAAAAGGCCAACAAAUGUAACAAAAAUUAGCAUUUAAAGGGUCUUUCCAGCUAGAAAAAUAUCUGUGUGUUUUAAAAACAGAGGAAAUACAGCUUAUUAAUCAACAAAGGUGUCCUAAUCUCCUGCUGUCAGUCCUGGCACUUCCAUUUCUGUCGUGCUUUCAACUGCUCUGAGAAGGUGGCUGACUGACUGGCACAUUUCAGUACCGAAGCCAGUCCCUUUUCCUGUCAUGGCUGAUGCAAGGACAGUGAAGGGUGCUGGCUUAGCUAUUAGAAUAGUUCAGUCAGCCAGACGCCUUCACACAAAACAUAGGUCCCAUGCCAACUCAGGAAACUCUCCUCUGUCGACUCCAAGCCGGAAGUGGAGGCACUGGGAUAAUGGCCGACAGCAGGAGAUCCAUGGUACUCUCGUUAAUUCAACUAUAUUAGUAAGUGAUAUAUUUUGUCAAACACAUAGGGGGAGAUUUAUUAAGACUGGUGCUUUCUGCACCGGUCUUGAUAUCCGCCUCGCUGCCAGAGGAUGCCCUUAUUUAUGACGAGGUACACGGUGUCUAAAACGCGGAUCUUAAUAAAUGACCCCCUAUGUGUUUGCCACUAAUGAACUAUGACUUUUUUUUUACAUUUUACACCUCUCUUGCCACUUUCCCUAAAAAGGGCAUGGCCAGCUGUCCCAACUAAUUUAUCUUCAUUUAGAUCAGUUGUCUGGUGCAAAUGAAGCCAGAUAUCUACGGCAGCGCUGAGCUGUUGUUAAUUUCUGUUAAGACGCAUGAACUGCAUGAAGAUUUGCCUAAAUUAUGACGAGGCGUGCGUCUCAUCAUAAAUUAAGCAGUGCAGGGGAUAUCAAGAGUGGCGCAGAAAGUGUCGAUCUUGAUAAAGCUCAUCCUAUAUAUUUCCUUUUUUCGAAAUUUCAUUUGCACCAUAAAUAUGACAUAAAUGAAGAUACAUUUGUUGCUGCAUCUGGCUACACCCCUUCUCACCCUUGCCACAUCCCCUUUAUGUAAAGUGGCGAGGGCAGUGUAAAAACUGUUCUUUGUGACUUUUUAACACCGAUUUUCUGGCGCAGGGAUAUGAUAAAUCUCCUCAUACUGUAUAAAGAGAAUUUUUACUAGCUGAGCAAUCGUUUUAAGACUUUUUUUUAUAGUUUCUUUAUUCUCCACAAACAUAUCCAUGUAAACUGUUUAUUAUUCUCUUAUCUAGCAGAUCAGUUAUAAAAUGAAAACCCAUUUCAACAACGAUUUUUUUAGCCAAGUCAAUGACACAUUCUGUCACAAGUAUACAUAAUCACAGCCUGAUAUCAUUUUAAGUUUACGUCUAGCCGGUAAUGUCUGAAAACACGAUAGCUACUGGUAAUGGAUUAUUUACCAUAAAAUCCAAUUUGUGCAGUGAAUUACCAUUAUGAGAGUCAAAAAGCCAAGCAUUGUCACUUGGUAAGCAUGAAUGACUUAUAUUUUUAGCUUAAUAAGAAUAAUUUAGUAUGUGUUUUCUAUUUGUAAUAGCCAAUAUUGUAUUGUCACUGAAAUGCUGAGUUAUAUUUUUGCUCGUAUCUCUGUUUUUAUAUCCGCAAAUAAGUUAAAAUGUUAAGCAGUCUCAGUGGAUAAACAUAUGGAAGCACACUUCAGGCAAUUGCUGAUUAAAUAAGGCAUCCAAUGCCUUCAAAUUGCUUUCAUAAAUAUCUUUCAGUCAACCAAAAAAAAAAAGUUACUGCAACUGGUUAAAGCUGGCCAUCCACUACAGAUUCUGGAUAAUAAAAAGGAUGAUUUGGAGACAUACCUAGCAACGUCUUUCCAUAACACGAAUCAGCAUAAGAGAUGCUGACAUAAUAAAAAUAUCUGUGGAAAGAUCUGAAUACAGAUCAGAGCAGCGAUUGAUCAGUUUUAUUGUUUUCAUCUAAAAUGUCAACCUUCACAGACCAACCCUGAAAGAUGAGAAAACUGAAAUGAUAAAUGGCAUGGCCAGCUUAGGGUACGGGGUUUAACCCGGUUAUGGCAUUUAUUGGUCAUGAAAGUGUGAACAGUGGGGAUUAAACUUCACGGAUCAGUAGAAUGGGCCAACCAGCCAACUGUGUUUUUUCUUAUUGGCUCUUCCUAAGGUUGGA